CCUGGCCAGGCCGCCUUCCAGGGCCUGUUCCUGCUCUAUAACCUGGGCUCAGUGGAGGCCCUUCACAGUGUUCUGCAGCUGCCAACUGCGCUGCGCUCCUGCCCAGCCCUACGCACGGCCCUGGCUGUGGACGCAGCCUUCCGGGAAGGCAAUGCUGCCCGCCUGUUCCGCCUGCUCCGGACCCUGCCAUACCUGCAGAGCUGCGCCGUGCAGUGCCACGUGGGCCAUGCCCGCCGCAGAGCCCUGGCCUGCCUCAAUCGUGCCCUGAGCACCCCCAAGGGCCAGACCUUACCCCUGGGAUACAUGGUCCACCUGCUGGCCCUGGAUGGGCCCGAGGAGGCACGGGACCUGUGCCAGGCCCAUGGACUGCCCUUGGUUGGACAGGACAGAGUUGUGUUCCAGAGGGGUCACUACGCUGAGGAGGGGCUGCCGCCCGCGGGGACCUGCAAAGUGUUGGUGGGAAGCAAGCUUGGAGGGCGCUCCCUGGAGGAAGUAGUCAUGGCGGAGGAGGAAGAGGUGGGUGGGGACAGGUCCAAGCCCCGUGAGUAAGGAGAUACUGUGCAGUCUCCCAGAGCCCAGGACCGGGUCUGAGCACUCAGGCCCCUUUUCUCAUGAUUCCACACAAUAAAAGGAACUUGUUUUGUAA